AUGAGACCCUCGUCCCUGAUAUCUCGGGGAUUCCCCGCAAAUCCCCGCAUGCUGUGUCGGGCAGGUUCUCGGCCCAUCCCUUUUGCCAGCGCCGUUCGGUUGACGAGCUCAACAUCCAGACGUGGUGAGAAUGAUCAGAAGAGUAGUCACAACUCGAGCUCGAGCUCAUCUGCCGGAAACUCGGCGAAUUCCUGGUCCUUGGGCCGGAUGGCUGUUGUCGCGUCGCUAGCUGCUGGAAUCGGCUACGGAAUUGGCAACUCGGACCAACUGUUGGAGCCCAAGGACGCUGGCACCCCACGGUAUGGAACCGCAAAAGAUUUCGAAAAGGCCAUCGCUGAGCUUCAGGUUAAAUUGGGAGAAGAUGCGAUUAGCACGGAUGAAGACGACCUACAACGACAUGGCUUCUCGGAGUGGUCAAGCGUCAAUGCGCAGCGCUUACCGGUCGCCAUUGCCUACCCAUCCAGUACAGAGGACGUUUCGGAGAUUGCAAAAAUCUGCAACAAAUACAAGAUGCCAAUGGUUCCGUACUCCGGUGGUUCCAGUCUGGAAGCAAACUUUUCAGCUGCCUAUGGCGGCUUGACGAUUGACUUUGCAUACAUGAACAAAAUUCUGGACCUACAUGAAGCAGACAUGGACGUUGUGGUACAACCGUCUAUCCAGUGGAUGGAUCUCAACGAGAAAAUCAAAGACACUGGGCUCUUCUUUCCGGUCGAUCCAGGUCCAUCUGCCAUGAUUGGCGGGUCAGAAGGGACACUUGGUAUUGUUACCGAAGCUACCCUCAAGCUGGCCCCGAUUCCCGAGGAGACACGAGUUGGAGUUGUUUCCUUCCCUACAAUCCGCGAUGCUGCAUCCACCGCGAUGCAGCUGGUAAGGAAAGGGGUUCCUGUCCAGUGCAUGGAAAUUCUCGACGAUGUCCAAAUGGAUGUUAUUAACAAAGCGGGGGGGACGGGAAGAACUUGGAAGACGCUACCCACGCUCUUCUUCAAAUUCUCUGGAACAAAAGCAGGCGUUGCUGACAGCAUCAAUCUGACGAGAAACCUUGCUAAAGCCAACAAGGCUGAAGCCUUUGAGUUUGCGAAGAACGACGCAGAAGCACACGACUUAUGGUCAGCGAGGAAACAGUCUCUUUGGAGUAUGAUGGCCUUGCGACCAGAAGGCUCAGAAGUGUGGUCUACUGAUGUUGCCGUCCCCAUCUCAAGGCUACCAGAUAUUAUCGAAUUAGAAAUUUCAAAGAAGGAGCUUGACGACCUCGGCAUCUUUGCUAGUAUCCUAGGUCACAUUGGCGAUGGAAACUUCCAUUCAAGCAUUAUGUACGAUCCCAAAAAUGCCGACGAAAGGCAACGCGUGGAGAAAGUGGUGCACGAUAUGGUUGACCGCGCACUAGAAAUGGAGGGCUCUUGCACGGUAACAAUCUGCGUAUUUCCUACAUUAGGGCACGAAAGGCUGACUCCGCUACAGGGCGAACAUGGCGUCGGCUUAGGCAAAAAAUCGUCCCUCAAGAAAGAGCUCGGCCCGAAUACCAUUGGAGCUAUGCGCAACAUCAAGAAGGCUUUCGACCCACAUUGGCUGUUGAACCCAGGGAAAAUCUUUGAUCCCCAAGGUUAG